GGCUAGUAUCCAGAGGCUGCCGCCGCCUCGCCGAGUUCCUGUGGCUGCCGCGGCGCGGAGUAUGGGGCGCUGAUGGCCAUGGAGGGCUACAGAGGCUUCCUGGGGCUGCUGGUGUCCGCGCUGCUGGUCGGCUUCCUGUCCGUGAUCUUCACUCUCAUCUGGGCUCUCCACUACCGGGAGGGGCUCGGCUGGGACGGGACCGGGCUCGAGUUUAACUGGCAUCCGGUGCUCCUGGUCACCGGCUUCGUCUUCAUCCAGGGCAUCGCCAUCAUCGUAUACAGACUGCCAUGGACCUGGAAAUGCAGCAAGCUACUGAUGAAAUCCAUUCAUGCAGGCUUAAACUCCGUUGCUGCCAUUCUUGCAAUUAUCGCUAUGGUGGCCGUUUUUGAUUACCACAAUGCUGGGAAUAUCCCCAAUAUGUACAGUCUGCACAGCUGGAUUGGAUUGAUAGCUGUCAUACUUUACUUCUUACAGCUUCUCCUAGGUUUUCUCGUUUUCCUGCUUCCAUAUGCUCCACUUUCUCUCCGAGCAGUUCUCAUGCCCAUACACGUUUACUCUGGACUUCUCAUCUUUGGAACAGUGAUUGCAACAGCACUUAUGGGAUUGACAGAAAAACUGUUUUUUGUCCUGAAAAAUCCCUCAUACAGUUCAUUUCCACCGGAAGGUAUUUUCACAAAUACCCUUGGCCUUCUGAUUCUGCUGUUCGGAGCCCUCAUUUUUUGGAUAGUCACCAGACCACAAUGGAAACGUCCUAAAGAGCCAAAUCCUGACUUUCUUCACCCCAACGGAGGCACUACAGAAGGAGUGGACGGCUCCAUGGCAAUAAACUCUGGCAACAACACAGACAAAUCGGAUUUAGAGUUAAACAAUGAAGUAGCAGCAAGGAAAAGAAACUUCACCCUUGAUGAUGCUGGACAGAGAUCCACCAUGUAAAAUGUUGGCAUGUGUAACUCCACUUUUACAAACCAGCCCUACGCGUUGUUAGCAUCUCCUGUUUAGCCAUAAGAUGAUUGAGUUACAUACUGUCAAUAUUUAUUUUAAUCAUAAAGUAGGAUUUCUUGAAAGACUAUGUAUUGAUUGGGACCUGUGAACUUACGUGAAUUGGAAACGACAUGAUCAAUAUAAACACAGUCGGCCCUCCAUAUCCACAGGUUCCACAUCUUCAGAUUCAACCAACAGUAGAUUCAAAAUAUUUGGGGAAAAAAAAGACUUCUUUUUUUCUUGUCAUUAUUCCCUAAACAGUAUAGUCCUGUAUAACAACUAUUUACACAGCAUUUACAUUGUAUUAGGUAUUAUAAGUAAUCUAGAGAUGAUGUGAAGUAUACAGGAGGAUGUGCAUAGGUUAUAUGCAAGUUUUGCUUGGAUUCACAAUCAACACCCCAGAAAGCAACAGUUAAGAAGUUAGACAAUGCAUUGCAUUCGGCAAAUCUGCUGCAAGAGAUCUCUUUAAAGUGUUAAAAAGCAAAGAUACCACUCUAAGGACUCAGGUGUGCCUAACCCAAGCCAUGGUGUUUUCAGUUGCCUUAUAUGCACGUGAAAGCUUUCUUAUUCCAAAAAAUAAGGAAGACCAAAGAAGAAUUGAUGCCUUUGAAUUACGGUGUUGGCAAAGAAUAUUGAAUAUACAUACCAUGGACUUGCAGAAGAAUGAACAAAUCUGUCUUAGAAGAAGUACAGCCAGAAUGCUCAUUAGAAGCAAGGAUGGUGAGACUUCAUCUCACAUGCUUCGGACACGUUAUCAGGAGGGACUAGUCCGUGGAGACAGCCAUCAUGCUUGGUAAAGUAGAAGGUCAGCGAAAAAGAGGAAGAUCCUCAAUGAGAUGGACUGACACAGUGGCUGCUACAAUGGGCUCAAACAUAGCAAUGAUUGUGAGGAUGGUGCAGGACCUGGCAACAUUUCAAUCUAUUGUACAUAGGGUCGCUAUAAGUCAGAAUCAACGGCGCCUAAUAACAACAACAGUGACAUUUUAUAUAAGGCAUUUAUAUAUACAUAUAUAAAAGACCAUCCAUGGAUUUUGGUGUCCACAGGGAUCUGGAACCAAUUCCUUGUGCAUACUGAGGGAUGACUGUAUAUAAAUUGUGGUCAUGUUACCUUUUUCUUGUUGAGGACCAAAGCAUUUGUCACAGUGCCUUACACAGAAUCCCAGUGCCUCAUGCAGAAUAGAUGCUCAACAUAUGUCUAUCGGUUGAUUAAUUUGGUAAACUGGCAGCAUGAUGUGCUUUGAUCAUUUAGUCAUUUCCCAGGAGCUCAAUGAUUCCAAAACUAAGUAGAACUAGUACUAAAGUUUCAGAGUCAGAUCAUGACUCUCCAGGACAGGGUUUAGACUAUGAUGCUAUACAGAUAUCAUGACUAAAAUACAGGGAAAAAAAUUUAGGAAAAUAACUGGAAAUUUAGCUCACUUCUCCCCACCUCUUCUCCCUCUUCACCACUCCAGCUGGUCUGUGCUCACAUCUAAGACCAGGCUUUAUAUUAGGGUAUUUUGGAACAGUGACUGAGCCCUGAGUGACUGAAGAAAUCUUGGGUCAGGCCUGGAAGAUUGUCCAAAACCCAACUUAGUCCCAGUGCUUCCUUGGGAUUGGUAUACUUUAUGAUCCACAAUCCCAAACCUGCCUAGAAUGAGAAUAGGUCUGAAUGUUUAAGCAGCAUAAACUUCUUUGCAAACAUCCAAGAGCACUUUUUCUUAGGUUUCUGUUUUUAUUUUUAAAAAUACUUGCAUAGCACUUGUAUAUAUUCUAUUCUAAGCACUUUUCAAAUAUAAGCUCAUUUAAUCCUCGGAAAAACCCUGUGAAGUAGGUACUGUUAUCCCCAUUUUAUAGAUGGGGAGCUGACAUUUGGAGAAGUCAGAUCCCUCAUUUAUAAAAUGGGAGUAAUAAUCGUACUUGCUCAAAGGUCGCCCAGCUUGUAAGUGGUGGAACUGAGAUUCAAAACCUAGCAGUCUGGCUCCUGAGUCCAUGAUCCUAACCACUUCGUUAUGCUGUGUUUUUCUGUUUUAUACUAAUUUGCACGAACUUAGACCCCUCUGAAUAAUUCUUAAUUUUAGGAAUAGAGUGGUGUUAUUAAGGGGUGCUUCUUUACCUUCUGGCUCUCUCUUCCAAGACAAAUGCCCCAAAUAACCAAGGGAAAAAGACCAACCAUACCUGGAAAUAGGGCACAGGCACCCUGCCACUGGUGGCAGAGUAGGUUUGGAUAUGACCCUGACGAAUCAAAUUUAAUUUUUGUUCUUCAAAUCUUAGCUGCUGAACAGCUUUGGCUGUGGAGAUGGUAGGCCUGCCUACCCUAGGUCAUCAUGAGUCGGAAUCAACUCGAUGGUAAGCGCAUGCUACUAACCAAACAAAUAUAUUUUGAUACGUGGAUGUUUCAUUACAUAAAGGUGCAAAAAAUCCCAGGUUUUUUUGGGUUUUUUUUGGCGGGGGCAGGGGAAGAAUGACUGAACCCUGAGAAUAGAGGCUGCCAUUCCAUUUCAUAUAGGCCAAAAAAGCAGUUAUCCAUGAAAAGUUAAUUAUGGAUUUGGCACUAGAAUAGCUCCGUUGCAAAGUAUUUGAGCACUGUUCGUCCCAGCCCUUUACUUUAUCUCUCAUGUGGACUAAUAUGAGGGUAAUCUUACAGAUAUUAUAGGAACUUCUUUUCUUUCUCAGCCCCUAUGAAAACAAUGCAUAGUAAAAUAUAUCUAGAAAAUCUUUCUGUUUGAGACUCUUCUUUUAAUAGGCUUUAUAUUCUAACGAUAAUUGCACCUUUAUCUUUCAAAAGCUGAUAAUUCCUACCUAAACAUCUCCCUCCAAAAUAUCUUAUAAAAAGCCCUCAAAAAGAAUAGGAGAGAAGAAAGCCUCAGGUAUCAAUUCCAAAACAGUGAUUGAAACCUCCCCAAAUAAUUAUAGCUUAUAUCAUCUGCAGAGAUGGUCUGGCUUGGCUUACCCCAUAAUCUAAUUUCAGAAAAGAAAGCUUUAACACUCAUCUAAAUCAACACUAAAGCCUUUUUUCUCAAAGGGUUUAUUGAGAAACUCAAGUAAAUAUAUUUUUUUGAAUUAAUGUCAUCAAAAGUGUACAGCUUCCUUUGCUCCUUACGUCAAACUGAGCCCUCCCUCCAAAGUACUUUCUUUACUUGUACGGCUUCAUUUAAGCUGUGAUGUUCAGAAACAGAAUCUCAGAUCUUACAAUCAAACGACAAAGAAGCCAAUUGCACUUUUUCAGGAAUACUGACAAGUGGUUGCCAUAUUCUAAAGGACAGAAUAAAGAGUAUGUCUCAUUGUUAAUUAGGCUCUUCUUCCUGCUGAGUUGGAAAUUCCAGUGCAGUACUGGUGGACCACGUCAACUGCCAAAUCUAAAAGCACAAAGGAAGAAGUAAAUCUUGAUGCUAGUUUUAUUGCAAUCUAAUGGAAUUUUUAUCUUGCUAUGUCCUGUUUUAGAUAACUCCAACAGGAAACUAUAACUGCUCUGUCUUACAGCUACACAUAGGGAAGAAUAGGCAAGGUACUUGAAGACCAGAAGUGUAAAGAAAAGAUUUUUAACUUUAGCUAUUCUGGGCCCCAUACAAUUCCAUAUAAAUUUGAGGAUCAGCUUUCCAUUUCUGCAAAAAAGACCGUUGGAAUUUUGAUAGGGAUUGCUUUUGGGAGUAUUGCCACAUUGACAACGUUAAGUCUUCAAAUCCAUGAACAAGAGAUGUUUCCAUUAAUUUAGGUCUUCAUUAAUUUCUUUCAGCAAUGUUUUGUAAUUUUCAGUACACAAGUCUUUCAUCUCCUUGGUUAAAUUUAUUCCCAUGUAUUUUAUUCUUUUGGAUAUUAUUGUAAAAUGGAGUUGUUUUCUUAAUUUCCUUUUCAGAUUGUUUAUUAAGAUUUCUAUCUUUAAAUUUGUCUUUUUAUCUCAGCACAUUUAUUGAAAAAUAUUAAAUAACCUGAACAUUUUACAAUUUUGUAGGAAUAAUAUGCAUUUAUUUUUUCUUGACUUGUUUUUAUAUAGUAAUAAAAGUUAUUUAGAAGCC